AAUGAACCCAAAUUUCAUCCAAGAAGUGGCUCCAGAGUUCCUUGUGCCAUUAGUGGAUAUCACCUGUUUGCUUGGUGACACAGUGAUGCUUCAGUGCAAAGUUUGUGGACGGCCAAAGCCCAACAUAACCUGGAAGGGACCAGAUCAAAAUAUUCUCGACAAUGAGAACAGCACAGCCACUUAUACAGUUUCAUCCUGUGAUUCUGGGGAAAUCACCCUGAAGAUCUGUAACCUGAUGCCGCAGGACAGUGGUAUUUACACCUGUAUGGCAACAAAUGAACAUGGAACAGCCUCGACCUCAGCUACAGUCAAAGUGCAAGGUGUUCCAGCAGCCCCAAACCGUCCCAUUGCUCAGGAAAGAAGCUGCACUUCAGUGAUCCUUCGCUGGCUGCCCCCAUCCAGUACUGGCAACUGCACCAUUUCAGGCUACACCGUAGAGUACAGAGAAGAAGGAGCCCAGGUCUGGCAGCAGUCAGUAGCCUCCACUUUGGAUACCUAUCUCGUCAUUGAAGAUCUCACUCCAGGCUGUCGAUAUCAGUUCAGAGUCAGCGCUAGCAAUCCUUGGGGAAUUAGUUUACCUAGUGAGCCCUCAGAAUUUGUGAGCCUCCCUGAGUAUGAUGCUGCUGCUGAUGGUGCCACUGUUUCGUGGAAAGAAAACUUUGACUUUGCUUAUGUGGAAUUGCAGGAGAUUGGGAGGGGUCGAUUCUCCACAGUAAAGAAAUGUAUUCACAAAGCCACCAGGAAGGACGUCGCUGUGAAAUUCAUUAGUAAAAAAAUGAAAAAGAAAGAGCAGGCGGCACAUGAAGCAGCUUUGUUACAGCACUUGCAGCAUCCUCAGUACAUAACUAUCCAUGAUACCUAUGAGUCUCCCACGUCUUAUAUCUUAGUUUUAGAGCUUAUGGAUGACGGCCGGCUCUUGGAUUAUCUUAUGAAUCAUGAUGAACUGAUGGAGGAAAAAGUAGCUUUCUACAUAAGAGACACAAUGGAAGCCUUACAGUAUCUUCACAAUUGCAGAGUGGCUCAUUUAGAUAUAAAGCCAGAAAAUCUGCUCAUUGACUUAAGGAUCCCAGUGCCUCGUGUCAAGCUUAUAGACUUGGAAGAUGCAGUUCAGAUCACGAGUCAUUACCAUGUUCAUCAGCUGCUUGGAAACGCUGAGUUUGCAGCUCCUGAAGUUAUCCAAGGUGCCCCUGUCUCACUGGGCACAGAUAUCUGGAGCAUUGGGGUCCUCACCUAUGUCAUGUUAAGUGGCGUCUCUCCAUUCCUGGAUGAAAGCAAAGAGGAGACGUGUAUAAAUGUGUGCAGAGUGGAUUUCAGCUUCCCUCAUGAGUAUUUCUGUGAUGUGAGUCAUGCAGCCAGAGACUUCAUCAACGUUAUCCUCCAGGAGGACUUCAGGAGGAGGCCAACAGCAGCCACUUGUUUACAGCAUCCUUGGCUGCAGCCUCACAAUGGCAGCUAUUCCAAAAUCCCACUGGAUACCUCCCGUCUGGCUUGCUUCAUUGAGCGCCGCAGACACCAGUAUGAUGUGCAUCCAGUUCCCAACAUCAAGAGCUUCAUAAUGAGCAGGAUGAACCCGGGAACGUGAUGCAACGUAGUCCUGUGAUAUACACAGCUGGGCCUGAGGCAAGGCAUACAGUAUGAAUAGACACAAGGUGGAAUCCGUCUGUAUAUAAUUCUGUAUUAAGUAUUACAUAGAUUUCAUGUGGUUUCCCAAACUGAGGGAUGUAACUCAUGCUAGUGGUUGCAGUAUCUGUCCAGUUACUCAGAACCAAAGUUAAUGUAGGUGCUGUUAAGUGGGCGUGCACACCCUCUUGACAAGGCUGCUCUUGGAAAGCAAGCAAUCUUCUGGUUAUAGUGAGGUCCAUAUUAUAAAGAGGGUGUUAAAAAUGGGAACCAAAAUACUGUUGCCUUGUUUUUUUUGAAAGGCAGCCUUAUUAGACAGCCUCGCAGUCUUGGCAGACUGAUUUGGAAGAGAGUAGUGUUUGGUGGAGUAAAACUAGGUUGACCCUAGGCAGUCGGCAUUUACUGCAAAACUGUGUUGGAUUCAGAUUUUGCUGAAAUCAUUGCUAGCCACGUGCCAGUUACAGGCAGGACUUUGCAAGCCCUUAAUACACGACUCCCAUCGACAUCAAUGGGGACUCAGCCUGCAGAAGGCAUGCAGGAUCAGGCCCUAUUCACUGUAAUAUCAGCUUUUGUGGUUACCUGAUUUAAAUACAAUGUGAUUUCAGAUACACUCUCGUUACAUGGUAUUGCUCCCGCAUACCUCUUAAGAUGAGAAUACCAGUAGGAUUCCAGAGCUUUCUGCUACAUCAAACCAACAUGCAGUAACUUUUAGAGCUAUGGUUAAGGCAGUGAAUUCACUGUGGCAGAAAGCUGUUUUGAUUAAGCACAACGAGACGCUGAUGGUUUUUUAAAAACAUUUUAUAAACUUUGUACAGAAAUCUUUUCCAAAACCUGUGCACUGAGAAAAGGCUAUGUCUGAUUUUUGCAGUAUCUGUAAAUUAGAUUAUGAUGAUUUUUUUCUAUCAGGUUGUUCAAUUUACAUAUGGGGGGUGU